CAUAAAAAUUCCUUUUAAAAUUCAUUUGGCCUUGUUUUUUAAUCAUGGAUUUUUGUUUGCCUUUGGUUAAACCUUCCCCCACCGGAUGAUGAGAUAAUCAUGAUCCAUCCUCAAUUAGCUAAUGCUGCACACCAAACUGUAGAGAGAGAGAGAUUCAGAAAAACAAAUUGGGGGUUAUAUCAGCAUUAGCAAGAAGAAGAUGGGCACUAUCUGAUAUUGUAGGAGUGUUGAUGCUUCUUUUGGGUGUUCAGCGGUCAGUGAGGCAGAAACAACCUGUUGUAGAAAAAGAACAAAAUUUCCCGUCUCAUUCACAACACUCUCUGUGAGAGACAACUGGGUUUGAUUUGGUGUGAUUAUUACCCCAUGCUCCUCUGCUUAUCGUUAUCUCUUCGAGCCUCGAGGAUAUCGACAAAAAAAGCUAACUUUUUGGGCUGGACCACUCACAACAGGGUGUUUUGUUGAGGGUUUCAUGCAAGUUUUUCUCUUUUUGCUGUGUUCUUCUGUUGAUGGAAAUAUCAUAAAGCAUCAAACUUUAUGAGCUCUGAGGGUUGGAUUGCUGAAAGAACAUUUGGGGUUUGCUUCAAUUUUGUUUUGCAGUUGAAGAUUCAUGGUGGGGUGCUUGGUGGUUCAGUUUUUGGAAUGUUCUGCUGAAGCUGAGGCUUCCUCUGGAUCUUCAAGACAGUUUAUGAAGAUGCGUUGGUGAAAUUGGCAAGGAUGUCUGUGAAUCGAAGGCUUUCUGGUUCAAAUGGUAGAUUGCCAUCAAAUAUGAAGUGUUGGAAGGUAAAUGAGCCUCUGCAUGGGUCUAAUUCCCCUAGGACAUGUAGGAGGAAGCCGUUGCUACUUUGGAUUUUUGGCUUUGUUGCUAUAGGGACUGCUUGGUUCAUCUUGAGUUACAAUAGUAGGUAUUUGAUGAGUAAGGAGAAAGAAGCAAUUUGCGAAGAGAGGGCACGAAUCUUGCUACAGCGUUACAAUGUAAGUAGGAAGCAGAUUCAUGCUUUAGCUUCCUUGCUCUCUGGAUCAGAUCAGAUUUUAUCUAACUGUGUCGAUGAAAGAAGACUUCAAAUGCUGUUAAGCAGUGGCAUAGUCAGCACUUCGCAGUUAAAGUGUCCAGAGAAUCAGGACUUACAAAAGGAGCAUAGAUUUGUUGCAGACGCUGUAGAGCCCAUGGAACAAUGCCCAAUUCUGGAUGAUUAUGUCCAGAGAAGGCUUGAAUUAUCAUUCCUAUUGAAAAAAUAUGUAUCUUUGGCCUCACACUUUGCGCAUGCGUCCGAGUUGGUUAAUUAUUUGCUCCAUGGAAAGAAUAGUUUUUUAUCAUGGGAACUGAUAGUCUCUGCAGUUUGGGAUCAUGUGAGUUCAUUUAAUUUAAUCAAAGGAUGCUGGUGGGUCCUUAUUGGAAUUAUAAUGUCCUGCAAUUUGUCCUGCUUCUGCUUGUGGAGAAGUCAAAAGAGCAAGCUUGUUCAGGGUCAUCCAUCUGCUCAACAAAAGCGGCUACAACAUUUUGUGCAGGGUCCUUCGAAGGGUGCUGGGAGGUGGAGGAAAAAGUUACUAGUUAUAUUUGUGUCGCUUGGAAUAAUAGGGUCUGUUUGGUUAUUCUGGCACCUAAAUGAGGACAUUAUGCAGAGAAGAGAAGAAAUGCUUGCCAAUAUGUGUGAUGAGCGAGCCCGUAUGCUGCAAGAUCAAUUUAACGUAAGCAUGAAUCAUGUUCAUGCUCUGGCUAUUCUUGUUUCUACUUUUCACCAUGGUAAACAUCCUUCUGCAAUUGACCAGAAAACUUUUGGAGAAUAUACAGAGAGUACAGCAUUUGAGAGACCACUUACUAGUGGUGUUGCUUAUGCUUUGAAAGUUCUCCACUCGGAUAGGAUGCAUUUUGAGAAGCAGCAUGGGUGGACAAUUAAGAAAAUGGAAACUGAGAAUGAGGCACUAGUCCAAGAUUGUAUUCCAGAAAAUUUGGAUCCAGCACCCAUUCAAGAUGAAUAUGCACCAGUGAUAUUUGCUCAAGAAACAGUUUCCCAUAUUGUAUCUAUUGACAUGAUGUCAGGGAAGGAGGACCGUGAGAAUAUUUUGCGAGCAAGGGCAUCUGGAAAGGGUGUUCUGACAUCCCCUUUUAAACUACUAAAGUCCAAUCACCUGGGCGUUGUACUCACAUUUGCUGUCUAUGACACUAAUCUUCCUUUAGAUGCUACACCGGAGCAGCGUAUUGAAGCUACUGUGGGGUAUCUGGGUGCAUCUUAUGAUGUUCCAUCACUGGUGGACAAGCUUCUGCACCAACUUGCCAGCAAGCAAACCAUUGUUGUAAAUGUUUAUGACACCACUAAUGGUUCUGGACCUAUCACAAUGUAUGGUACUGAUGUUGCUGAUACUGGCCUACUACACAUAAGCAGCCUAGAUUUUGGGGAUCCGCUACGAAAACAUGAGAUGCACUGCAGGUUUGCUUUCGCACUAAAACAAUUGCAUUGUUUCCAAAGAAUUGAAAUGCCAGAUAAGCGCAUUUCCAAAUUUCUUUUCCUUUUUCUUUUCUUUUUCAGGUUCAAGCAAAGGCCUCCAUUACCUUGGACAGCAAUCAAUGCAUCAGUAGGGGUACUUGUUAUUACUUUGCUUCUUGGUCACAUUUUUUAUGCAGCAAUAAAUAGAAUAGCAAAAGUCGAGGAUGACUAUCGUCAAAUGAGUGAGCUGAAAAGUCGCGCUGAAGCUGCAGAUGUGGCAAAAUCCCAGUUUCUUGCGACAGUUUCACAUGAGAUCCGGACUCCAAUGAAUGGUGUUUUAGGUAUGCUGCAAAUGUUGAUGGACACUGAACUUGAUGAAAACCAGAUGGAUUGUGCCCAAACUGCUCACAAGAGUGGUAAAGAUCUUAUAUCAGUUAUAAAUGAGGUUCUUGAUCAGGCUAAGAUUGAGGCGGGAAAGCUUGAACUUGAAGCUGUAGCUUUUGAUCCACAUGCUAUUCUAGAUGAAGUUCUAUCACUUUUCUCUGAAAAAUCUAAUGAAAAGGGAAUAGAGUUGGCUGUUUAUGCUUCCAAUCAAGUACCUGAAGUUGUCAUUGGUGAUCCUAAACGGUUCCGACAAAUAAUAACUAAUCUUGUUGGCAAUUCGCUCAAGUUCACUCAUGAUAAAGGACAUGUAUUUGUCUCGAUUCAUCUGGGGAUUGAAGUGAAGAACCCACUUCAUAUUAUUGAUAUAGUGCUGGGAGCAGGCUUAAAAUUGGAUCAGGACAUGUCAGACAGAACUUAUGACACAUUAAGUGGGUUUCCUGUAGGCAACAGAUGGAAAAGUUGGGCAAAUUUUAAAAAGUUAAGUAGCAUAAAUGAACCUGAAAUUAUUCAACUACUAGUAACCGUUGAGGACACAGGUAUAGGAAUUCCUACAGAUGCACAAAGCCGCAUAUUUACACCUUUUAUGCAGGCUGACAGUUCCACCUCUCGAACAUAUGGUGGAACUGGAAUUGGACUGAGCAUUAGUAAAUGUCUAGUUGACCUCAUGGGAGGAGAAAUUGGAUUUGUCAGUGAGCCUGGAAUUGGAAGUACAUUUUCAUUUACUGGAAUUUUUGGAAAAGGAGAAAGCACAUCUCUGGAUGCAAAGGGGCAGAAGAGGCCUUUUGGUUCAGAGUUCCAAGGAUUGAGAGCAUUAGUGGUAGAUAGAAGAAAAAUUCGAGCUGAGGUCACAAGAUAUCACCUGCAGAGAUUGGGGAUGUCUGUGGAUGUAACUUGCAGUCUGAAUUCUUCUUGUCUAUCCAGUAUGUUGACACAGUUAGCAAUGAUUCUUAUAGACAAGGAUGCUUGGUAUAAGGAAAGCAGUAUUUUAUACACAAUCAAGAAACAUAGACAGAAGGGCAUCAAAGGGGACCCAAUACACUCACCAAAGAUUUUUCUCCUGGCCACUCACCUUAGCUCCAAUGAGUGUGAUGAGCUCAAAUCAGUUGGUGUCAUAGAUGAUAUACUAAUGAAGCCUCUUUGGCUCAGUUCUUUGAUUCACUGCUACAGAGAAUCACUUGGCACUGAUAAAAAGCAAAUAAAUAGGAAGAAAGUAUCCAAACUCGGAAAUUUAUUAAUACACAAACAAAUUUUGGUGGUUGAUGAUAAUGCAGUGAACAGAAAAGUUGCAGAAGGUGUUCUGCAGAAAUAUGGGGCAAUAGUGACCUCUGUGGAGGGUGGCAAGGCUGCUCUGAAGAAGCUUAAGCUGCCACAUAAUUUUGAUGCUUGUUUCAUGGAUCUGCAAAUGCCAGAAAUGGACGGCUUUGAAGUGACAAGGAAAAUCCGCAGCCUAGAGAGUGAGGUAAAUGAGAAAAUUGCAUAUGGGCAAGCAUCAGCUGAGAUGUUUGGCAACAUCUCUUAUUGGCACAUUCCUAUACUAGCAAUGACAGCUGAUGUAACUCAAGAUUCAAAUGAAGAGUGGAGAAAGUGUGGGAUGGAUGGCUACGUGUCAAAGCCAUUCGAAGACGACCAGCUCUAUAUGACAAUGUCACGUUUCUUCAAGUCUGAUUCAUAGUGUGGAAGUGCAUUGUUUAAAAUCUUUGAUUACCAGUGCAGGCACGCUGUUGACAAGUUUUGAACGACCUCCAGUGUGAUAUGUAUUAUGAAUUCAAUCAAUGCCACAUGCCAAGUGUUGAGUUUCCACUAGUAGAGCUAGCGGAUGGAUUGAUUUUGGCUAAUUAUGUUCUGAUAUUGUAGUAGUCGGAUAUACCCAGCUGAUUUGUUUCUAAACAAGACUGUGUGCCAGCACCAAAGCUAUCAAUUCAGCAUCGUGGAUUGCAUCUAUGGUCUUGCUCAGUGAUAGAUAUUUUCGAGUGCUAUAAAUUAUCGAUUUCUUCUCUUUUGGAAGGGACAAUGUUACUUGGACCAGCGUCAUUCAUGCUAAUUAUCACUCAUUGAAGGACAAGAGGAGGUCAACAGAAGGCAUAUUUACAUUUUUGUGUACAUAACUCCUUUUUGGUUCCUGCUUUUCAUCUCUUAUUAUUUUUUGUAAAUAUUCAUUUGGAGCGAGUAGGUUGAGAUAAAAUGUUAUAGUGAUGACAGCAUUAAUUCAUUUUUUCGGGGCUAAGAUUGAAAAAAUGACAUCUUUGAACCCUCAAUUUUGUAACUAACGUGUAAAGCAAAAUUGUUACAUGAUACAGUAGAAUGGUAUAUGUAUCAAUAUUUUGUGAGAU